AUGUGGUCUAACAACAAAACUUACAAAGACGCCUUCGCCCUUUUCGACAAGAAGGGCACUGGCAAGAUUCCCGUUGAGCACUUGGGUGACUUAUUGAGAGCCGUGGGCCAAAACCCUACCUUGGCUGAGAUCUCUGAGUUGCAGAGCGGCAUCGAGCUGCCCGAAUUCGACUUCGAGACUUACGAGAAGAUUAUCAACAGACCGGACGGCUUCAAGCCUCUUGGUCUCCCUGAGGACUACAUCAAGGGCUUCCAGGUGUUCGACAAGGAGCAGACUGGAUACAUCGGUGUUGGCGAAUUGAGAUACAUCUUGACCUCAAUUGGAGAGAAGUUGACGGACUCCGAGGUGGACGAGUUGUUGAAGGGUGUGAACGUUACCAGUGAGGGCAACGUCGACUAUGUCGAGUUUGUGAAGUCCAUCUUGGACCAGUAG